UGGCGAGCUGUGAUCAUGUAUAACGCAUGAUCGCGAUAGUUGCCAAUAAAAAGAAGAAAUUUCAACAAGUCUCCAUUGUUCCAUAGACAGCUCACCCAAGCCCGAGUUUUGCCGGAUGCUGUAACAGCUCAGAAUGAUCCGACGUCACUAGCCCCGCGGUAACCCCACUAAAGCUGUAAGAAGUGCUGCUGCUCAACAACAACAGCUUCUUCAUCUCAAUUCCACACUUCAAUCUCAACUUGACACUUUUGAUACCCCUACAUACCACCUUUCUAUCCAAAAAAUUUCAACACAACCGCAAACAUGGGUCGCCAAUUCUUCGUCGGAGGUAACUUCAAGAUGAACGGCUCUAUUAAGAGCAUCACCGACAUCGUUGAGAACCUGAACAAGGCCAAGCUCGACCCCAACACAGAGGUCGUCAUCGCACCCCCAGCCCUCUACCUCCUCCUCACACGCGAGCACCUCCGCAAGGGCCUCGAGGUCGCAGCGCAAAACAUCUUCGACAAGCCCAACGGAGCCUUCACCGGCGAGAUCUCGGCUGAGCAACUCAAGGACAGCGGCAUCACCUGGACCUUAGUCGGACACUCGGAGCGUCGCCAGAUCCUCCAGGAGAACGACGACUUCAUUGCCAACAAGACAAAGACAGCCACCGACAACGGUCUUGGUGUGAUUCUGUGCUGCGGCGAGAGCCUGGAGCAGCGUGAGGCGGGCGAGACCGUCAGCGUUGUUACCAAGCAGCUCAAGGCUGUUGCGGACAAGGUCAAGGACUGGAGCAAGAUUGUCGUUGCUUACGAGCCCAUCUGGGCCAUUGGUACCGGCAAGGUCGCAACCACCGAGCAAGCACAGGAGGUCCACGCCGCCCUCCGCGAGUGGCUCAAGAAGGAGGUCUCACCCGAGGCCUCCGAGAAGACCCGUAUCCUGUACGGUGGCAGUGUCUCGGAGAAAAACUGCAACGAGCUUGCCAAGCAGGCCGACAUUGACGGUUUCCUCGUCGGUGGUGCUAGCUUGAAGCCUGCCUUUGUUGACAUCAUCAACGCUAACCAGGCAUGAAUUCCGCGAAGUGAUGGCGCUCGUCUAUAGAUGAUUUGAGCGUGCUUCGGCAACGAUCUUAUGAGAGACUUGAGCUGGCUAUAAAAAAGAAUCAUG